UAAGAGUCGAUGGCACAAACUGCUGCUACAGGGGCAGGGGGGUCGGUUUCAUUUUUUUGACAUUUUAUUUUGCUGCUUCAUUAAAAAAACAAAUCCGUCUCCUACGAACUCUCCCGGCACCUAAACGUUAUUUUCUAUCCUGGGUGUGUGCCUUGGAGCUCGCUUGUUCACGUCAAGAAGAUAGAGUAUUAGUAGAUACUUAUAAAAGCACGGUCGCUCAGAUAGUAAGAUCUAGCCAUUCGACACUUGAUUGUAGACUUGUUAAUUGUAUUGAGUUCAUUCAUUGAUCCCGAUUUCUACGGUCAAUUUCGUUACAGAAGAAACAAAUCUAAAACUCUAAAGUGGGAGAAACGUGGGCGGAGUAGGUUAUUACCAGUUUAGUUGUAAAUGGUAUUAUCAUCAUUAUAUAUUAUCACCGGGGAGGAAUAGAGCGUAGAGCUAAGGCUGAUAAAUACAGUGGUAUUAUGUCCCGGGGAAUUUGGAAAUGGGUGAGGCUGAAAGACCGAGUGGCGGCAGCGACAACAGCUUCAUCAUCCGCACGAAGAUGGAAGCAGAGCCAGAGCCACCCGUGGCAAAAGCAGAACAAUAGAGGUUUCGUGAAUUGCCUGCACGUGGGCUCUUAUCUUAAGCGUAGGGAGUCACUGAUAGGGGUGCAGGAGAGGUACAAGUGGGACCGCGGGGGCGGUGGCGGUGGCGGUUCGGACGACUACCACACGGUUCGCAGAAUUAGGGCGGAGGCCAACUGCCCUCGCUGCGCUAAGCAAAUGGAUAUCCUCUUCACCGAGCGUCACCCCCACCUCAUUCCUCCCUCUUCCACUCCCACUUUUGAAGCCUUCCCUUUCGAUUCAAGUUCCAAUAACCAUGAUGGUGUUAUUGAUACUACUAAUAACUGUGAUUCAAACAACAUUAGUCAUCCUCGUCCUAAUGGCGAGUGGAGCAACAGCAGCUCCUCCUCGAAUAACAUGAUCAAUAACAACACUAGUAAUGCGGACAAGAAACAAGCCACAGGCGGGCCAAAUGGAGGAGUGCACCAAUACCAGGCUGUUAGCCUCUGUCCCAAUUGCAAGACCGCCUACUAUUUCCGUCCACACCAGAUGGCUCCCCUUCAAGGGAGUUUCCUGGAGAUUGGGAGAGUUAAAACUAGUAACGGUGGUGCUACCAGGAUUGCCUCUGACAAGAGAUCAAUGACGGAAGAAGAAUGGGGAAAAAGACUUAGGGCCUCGUUUUGGGGAACCUUCAAGUCUUACGGCAGUGAGCCACCAGAGAAUUUGCCUCCUCCUCCUCCCGCCAACAGAAAUGGGGGAGAUGGGAUUGCAGUUCAUACACCUCCUGGCCCACCUUUUGCUCCCGGUGUCAAUGUGGUGCGGGCUGCCAGCACCCCUAACAUUAAGGGUGGUGACACUAGCAACAACGGAGAGAAGAGUGGAUGGGGAGGAUCUAAUCUGGGAAAAAGUUUGCCCACGCCAAAGGAGAUUUGCAUGGGACUUGAUAAGUUUGUCAUAGGCCAGGAUCAUGCCAAAAAGGUGUUAUCAGUGGCUGUCUAUAACCACUACAAAAGGAUAUAUCAUGCCAGCUUGAACAAGGGGUCAGGAGCAGAAAUAGCACCAGAUGAUGAUGACGAAAAUGUGGAAUUGGAGAAGAGCAAUGUGCUUUUGAUGGGGCCAACAGGCUCUGGAAAAACGCUGCUGGCAAAAACUCUAGCUCGUUUUGUGAAUGUGCCCUUUGUAAUUGCUGAUGCAACUACUCUAACCCAGGCAGGAUAUGUUGGUGAGGAUGUUGAAUCAAUACUUCACAAAUUGCUUACGGUUGCUGAGUUCAAUGUUCAAGCAGCACAACAAGGGAUGGUGUACAUUGAUGAAGUUGAUAAGAUAACUAAAAAGGCAGAGAGCUUAAACAUUAGCAGAGAUGUCUCUGGGGAAGGAGUGCAGCAGGCGCUACUUAAAAUGCUGGAAGGAACGAUAGUAAAUGUUCCUGAGAAGGGGGCCAGAAAACAUCCACGCGGUGACCAUAUCCAGAUUGAUACAAAAAACAUCCUAUUUAUCUGUGGUGGUGCAUUCAUUGAUUUGGAAAAGACCAUCUCUGAGAGACGGCAGGAUUCUUCAAUUGGUUUUGGUGCUCCCGUUCGUGCUAACUUGAGAACUGGUGGAAUAACUAAUGCCACUGUGACAUCAUCCUUACUGGAAUCUGUUGAAAGCAGUGACCUUAUUGCCUAUGGUCUCAUACCAGAAUUUGUUGGGCGGUUCCCCAUUUUAGUUAAUUUAUCAGCUCUAACAGAGGACCAACUUGUUCAGGUCCUUGCAGAACCAAAAAAUGCACUUGGAAAGCAGUACCAGAAAUUGUUCAACAUGAAUAAUGUUAAACUACAUUUUACUGAGAAAGCAUUAGGGUUGAUAGCCAAAAAAGCAAUGGCUAAAAACACUGGUGCUAGAGGUUUAAGAGCCAUUUUGGAGGGCAUUUUGACUGAUGCCAUGUACGAGAUUCCUGAUAUUAGGGGAGGAAUGGAUAGAGUAGAUGCUGUUGUGGUUGAUGAAGAGUCCGUGGGUACAAUUGACGCUGCUGGGUGUGGUGGAAAGAUACUUCGAGGAGACGGUGCUUUGGAAUGUUACCUAGCGAAGACCAAGUUGAAAGAUCAAGUGGAAAAUGCUGCUGCAUCUGAAGCAGACUUGCAGGGGGUUGAAUCAGAGGUCUCGUCAAGAGCUAUUAGCAUGUAGCUACUCACAGAAUCACAUGAAUUGUGUUUUGGAAAAGUGUUUUGCUGCAGUAUGCGUAAUUCCAUUUAUUUGUUGAUGUAGUUGUCCUGAUCUAGUAGUGCAGGGCGUCCUGCUCCAGUCUAUCAAAAGGACAGUAUGAUUUAAGUGAAGAAAAAGAGUUAGUUAAAGGAAAAAGGUAAAAUGUGGCUAUACAUACCAGGCAAACACUAUAAAUUUGCACGAGGCGCACCCCAAGAAACAUUACGCUAAGAUUAUUCGGCAGUGUGUCCAAAAAGCGCUGGAAAUAUUACAAAAAGAGAACGGCGGUUUUUGCAUGCUUGCGGCCUAAGUGAGCAUUCCAAAUCGUAUGCACAAGCAGCAGAAGCUUAUUU